UUACUAUUUAUUACUACUACUGCUGCUAUUACUACCAUGUCUAACAGCUACUUCUAUUUUGUUACAUUAUUCACAUCUGUCUCUGGAUUGUUCGACUUUCUUUGUUUACUAUUUUUCAGAUCAGCUCCGGACUCAUCUUCACACAUGUUGAGUUCACAAAUAAGAAUGAAGAGGAGGCUGACAAUUCUUCAUUAGGCUCUUACAUGAAUUCUCAUAUACAUAUAUAUACAAAUAUGUAUCUAUAUUAUCUCAAAAAUUUACUUCCCAGGAACGCUGCUGUGCUUUUGAUUAUUGGACUAAGUUGCUUCUGGUCAUUGAGAUUUUCUGAGUCAAAGUUACCACAAGAUGAAGUGGAUGCUCUCCAGCAAAUUGCCAUUACAAUGGGUGCAAAAUAUUGGAAGUUCAAUGGUGAUUCAUGCCAAGUUGAACAGGUCGGGGUAACACCACAGGCACCAAGUGGAUCUGAGAGCACUGUUUAUUGCCCAUGCAACUUCACGAAUGACAUCUAUUGUCAUGUCACAACAAUUGUGCUUAAAGGUUUUAGUCUUCCUGGCGUGCUCCCGCCUGAAUUGGUGAAGCUUCCUUAUAUCCAAACUAUUGAUUUUGCAUACAAUUACCUCAGUGGUACAAUUCCACACGAAUGGUUUUCUAUGCAAUUGAAAUCAAUCUCUGUUCUUGCAAACCGCUUAUCAGGGGAAAUUCCGAAGGAACUGGGAAAUGUUUCCAGUCUCACAUACCUGAAUCUUGAAGCAAACAAAUUUUCUGGCAGUGUUCCUCCUGAACUUGGGAAACUUAAUAACUUGAAUACUUUGAUGUUGUCCUCGAAUCAGUUGAGUGGAAAGCUACCAACUUCAUUUGCUGAGCUACAGAAUUUAACAGAUUUUAGGAUAAAUGAUAACAACUUCAGCGGAGCAAUACCUGAUUUUAUACAGAACUGGAAACAACUUCAGAGAUUAGAAAUGCAUGGAAGUGGACUUGAGGGACCCAUUCCACAAAACAUAUCCCUUCUGAAUGAGUUGACUGAAUUGAGAAUUAGUGACAUAAAUGGGACAGCUCAGGAAUUUCCUAACUUGGGCAACACCGCAGGGCUAGUAAUAUUGGUUUUGAGAAACUGCAACAUUUCCGGUGAAAUCCCUGAAUAUAUUUGGAAAAUGGAGAAUCUGCAAAUGUUGUUUUUGAGUGGCAACAUGCUAAGUGGAAAUGUACCAGAUUCAAUCUUGAAGGAUGGACGUAGUAUAUUAACUAUAUUUGGUAUUAGAAGGAAAUUUUUUUCCAGUGGAUUCAGCAUUCACAAUGCAUUCUCCCAACUGAUGUUCGCAAAAGAAGGUUGUAUCAGCUGUACACUCCAUCUAGAAGCCAUGUUUUUUUUUUUUCCCCUGAAUCUUGAUUUUUCCUACAACAACCUUACAUGGCAAGGUCCUGAUCAGCCUGCUUGUCAGGAGAACAUGAAUCUAUACAUAAAUUUGUUUAAAAGCUCUCUGAAGGAGAACCCCUUAAAGAGAAUUCUUCCAUGUAUGAAUAAUUUCAAUUGUCCAAGAUAUGGAUGUUCGUUACAUGUUAACUGUGGUGGAAAUGAUUUGACUACGAAAGAAAAUGAUAAAAAGGUUUUGUACGAAGGAGAUGCACAAGUCGACGGUGGCGCGGCAAAAUAUUUUAAUAGUAUAAAUAGUUAUUGGGGUUUCAGUAGCACCGGGGACUUCAUGGAUGAUACUGAUUACCAAAAUGCACGUUUUACUAAAGUUGUUCCAUCAACAAACUUCUCUGAAUUGUAUAGGACGGCACGCAUUUCGCCUCUUUCACUCACUUACUUCCGUUACUGCUUAGAAAAUGGGAAUUACACUGUUAGUCUGCACUUUGCUGAAAUACUUUUUACAAAUGACAAUACAUAUAGCAGUCUUGGGAAGCGAAUAUUUGAUAUUUAUAUUCAGGGACAAUUAGUUAGGAAGGAUUUCAAUAUUGAAGGUGUGGCUAGUGGGGCUCUAAAGCCAGUGAUAGAACAAUUCAAUACCAGUGUGACAGAUAAUAUCUUGGAAAUCCGAUUUUAUUGGGCUGGCAAAGGGACUACACGUAUUCCUAAGAGAGGUGUUUAUGGCCCCAUAAUAUCAGCUAUUUCGCUUAAUCCUACUUUCAAAUCUUGUUCAGAAGGUAGCAAGAAGGCAGCAGCUACUGCUUAUAUUGCUGUUGGAGUUGUGGCUAUAUUCGUUAUUUUUCUAACAGUCAGUAUCCUUUUGUGGAAAAGAUAUUUGAAAGGCAGAAAAAAGAUUGGAAAAGAUUUCGAAGGUCUAGAGUUGCAAACAGGUUCUUUUACUUUGAGACAAAUUAUAGCUGCCACUAAAAAUUUUGAUUCUGCAAACAAGAUUGGAGAAGGUGGCUUUGGUCCUGUCUACAAGGGUCUACUGUCUGAUGGUACUGAAAUUGCAGUGAAGCAACUCUCCUCUAAAUCAAUGCAAGGAAAUCGCGAAUUUUUGAAUGAAGUAGGGAUGAUUUCUUGUUUGCAGCACCCAAACCUUGUUAAUCUUCAUGGAUGUUGUAUUGAAGGGGAUCAAUUGUUAUUGGUGUAUGAGUACAUGGAAAACAAUAGCCUUGCACGUGCUUUGUUUGAUGACAGACUAUUGAUACUUGAUUGGCCAUCAAGGCUUAAUAUCUGCAUUGGAAUUGCUAGAGGUUUAGCUUUUCUGCAUGAAGAAUCAAGAUUCAAGAUCAUUCACAGAGACAUUAAAGCUACUAACGUGCUGCUUGAUAAAAACCUAAACCCUAAAAUUUCAGACUUCGGAUUGGCUAGGCUUAAUGAAGAUGAAAAAUCCCACAUUAGCACUCGAGCUGCUGGAACUGUAGGAUAUAUGGCCCCAGAAUAUGCACUGUGGGGUUACUUGACCUACAAGGCAGAUGUUUACAGCUUCGGUGUUGUGGCUUUGGAAAUUGUUAGUGGGAAGAACAACAACAAUUACAUGCCGAGUAACAAUUGCAUUUGUCUGCUAGAUUGGGCCUGCCACUUGCAACAAGGUGGAAACUUGGCGGACCUUGUUGAUUCAAAGUUGGGGACUGAAUUCAAUAAUGUAGAAGUGGAAAGGAUGGUUAAAGUUGCACUCUUGUGCACAAAUGCAUCACCAUCGCUUAGGCCUACAAUGUCUGAGGUAGUGAGCAUGCUUGAAGGCCAAAUGAGUAUUCCAGAGGUAAUCCCAGAACCUAAUUCCUACACUGAAGAUUUGAGGUUUAAAGCUAUGAGAGACUUUCAUCGAGAGAAGCAAAACCAUAGUUUCAGUGGAAGCCAAAGCCAAAAUUCAACAACAAUCCGAACAGGUUUUGGUUCUUCCUCUACAUCUGUUGACAAAUCUCUAUGAAAUCAACUGGGAUUCAAAGUCCGAUACAGAUUUUCUUCCAAGUAUAGUUGUCCUAGUUGUGCAGUUGUUUUGUUGUUCUAGAAUGGACAAUGGGUGCUCCUACACUGUAGAACUUACAGCUAUUUAUUAACUUCUUUAUUCAUGUUGUUUCCACAUUUGUAUAUUGUUUUCAAUAGUGUAUAUUUGUCAGGGAAUGGGUGAACGAAGUGACCGGGCCCAUGGGCUCAGAUUGAACGUGUCUAUGUCAAUAGGGACAAUAUAAUCUCUUUUUUUCAUUUUAUUAUUUUAGUUUGAGAUAAAGGAGAAGUAUGAUGUAGAAUUCUUCUUCCUUCUACUCUCUUGGGGGAAUUUGUUGUAUAAUCUCUAAAUUUUUGAUGACAUCAAAUACGUAGAAUGCUAGUUUCAAAAUUUCAA